UUAGCUUUUGGCAUUCGUGGCGAGCAGUUCGGUUCGGUUUUCAAUUAGUUGCCUAGAAAAAAAAAUAAUAAUAAACAAACCAAACAAAACAAAAAAAGAGACGACAAUAAUAUAAUAUAAUUUGAAAUAAUUGUUCAGUAAUAAUGUUAAAUUGCCUGACAACAAAUUAAAGCUAAAACAUCUGUGCCAUGGAGAACGGCAAAAGUAAUAAUAACAACAACAACGACAAUGGUUACCUCAAUCCUGCCUAUGUGGGCUCAUUAAAUGCCUCAACCAUAUCCAUACCGGGAGCGUAUAAAGCAAAUUCGAAUGAUCAAAAACAAAAGCAAGAUUCGCCCAAGGGUGAAGCACAAAUCGAAGCUGGAGUUGCAGAUGGAAGCAAUGUUGGGGCAGAGCCAGAACAAGGCAAAAAACGCGACAGUUGGAACAAUGAUAUUGAAUUUCUUAUGUCCUGCAUAGCAUUGAGUGUGGGUCUGGGCAAUGUCUGGAGAUUUCCUUUCACAGCCUUGGAGAAUGGUGGCGGAGCGUUUGUUAUUCCCUAUUUGAUAGUUCUGAUAUUGGUGGGCAAACCAGUUUAUUAUUUGGAAAUGCUUCUGGGACAAUUCUCAAGUCGUGGCAGCGUCAAGGUCUAUGAUUUCUCACCCAUUCUAAGAGGCAUUGGCUAUGGUCAGGUCUUGGCAACUGCCAUAGUAACCACUUACUAUGCCACCUUGAUGGCCUUAACUUUGCGUUAUUUUGUGGACUCUUUUUAUCCCACUCUCCCGUGGAGUUAUUGUCGCGAGGAAUGGGGACCCAAUUGCCUGGACUCUGCUUCCAUUGCCGAACAGGAGCCACAAAGUAUUGGCAGAACCACGGUCAAGACCACUUCAGCUGAGUUUUAUUUCACAAAUAUAAUUCUUCGCGAAAAGCCCAGCAUAGAUGAUGGCAUUGGUUAUCCCAGUUGGAGUUUAUCCCUCAGCUUAGCUGUGGCUUGGAUCAUAAUAGCCAGCAUUAUGUUCAAGGGUGUUAAGAGUUCAGGCAAAGCUUCAUAUUUUCUGGCCCUAUUUCCCUAUGUGGUUAUGUUGAUUCUACUCGUAAGAUCCUUGACCCUGCCCGGGGCCUUUGAUGGAGUUUUAUAUUUCCUAAAACCGCAAUGGCAUAAGCUCUUGGAACCACAAGUCUGGUAUGCUGCAGUAACUCAAGUAUUUUUUUCUCUAGCCAUUUGUUUUGGCAAUAUCAUCAUGUAUUCCUCAUACAAUCGUUUUGGUCAUAAUAUCUACAGAGAUGCCAACAUUGUAACUACUUUGGAUACCUUUACAUCUUUGCUCUCUGGCAUUAUAAUAUUUGGCAUUUUGGGUAAUCUGGCGUAUGAGAAUAAUACGACAGAUAUCUCGAGUGUUGUUAAUGGUGGACCAGGUUUGGCUUUCAUUUCUUAUCCGGAUGCCAUAGCCAAAUUUAAGGUGUUACCUCAGCUUUUUUCGGUGCUGUUCUUUUUGAUGCUUUUUGUUUUGGGCAUUGGCAGUAAUGUGGGCAUGGCCUCAUGUCUUUCCACAGUUAUCAAAGAUCAGUUUGUUAAUCUCAAAAACUGGGUUGUUGUGGUAGGCAUAGCCAUUGUUGGCUAUCUGCUUGGCUUGUUCUAUAUCACACCCGGUGGUCAGUAUGUUUUAAAUCUCUUGGACUUUUUUGGUGCCACAUUUGUGGCAUUAGUUUUGGCCAUAUUCGAAUUGAUAGCCAUAGGCUGGAUCUAUGGUGUGAAACGUUUAUGUCGUGAUGUAGAAUUCAUGCUGGGCAUUAAGACAUCGCUCUACUAUCGCAUCUGUUGGGCUAUUGUCACGCCCCUAAUGAUGAUCACAAUUUUGAUCUAUAUGCUGGCUCUCUAUGAACCUCUGACCUAUAAGGAUUAUACCUAUCUACCAGGUAUCUAUGUUUUUGGCUGGUGUCUUUCGGCCUUUGGUGUGGGUCAAGUAUUAUUCUGGGCUAUACCAGCUGUAAGAAAACAACCCUCACAUCUUAGCCUAUGUUCACGCAUACGCAAAGCCUUUGAUCCUUUGCCCGAUUGGGGACCUUCGGAUCCACAUACCCUUAAACGAUAUCAACUUCAUGUCCAGCAGGCCAAUGUCAGUUCAAUGUUUCAACGCAGCGGCAUCUGGCAUAAAAUCUAUGACAAUAUCUUUGGUUAGCUUUGAAUUAGCAAUAAAAAAAAAACAAAAAAUACAUAUAUAUAUAAGAAACUAUAUACCAUCUAAUGCUUGGCUUAUGAUGUACACAGUAACCCUUUU